AUGUUCAAUAAGCAAGAUUACUCAGAUGUCACUAUCUUUAUCCAUGGAACUAAACUUUACGCGCAUCGCUUUGUGAUUUGUGUUCAAAGUCGCUAUUUUGCGAAAGCAUUUCAAGACAAGGUGUUCGCGGAGGGUUGCGAAGGCGAGAUUAGAUUUGAUGAAGGCAGUGCCAUGGCUCAUUGGAGAGUCUUUGAGUAUCUAUAUACCGGCGACUAUACAGACGAUCUUAAAAUUGAGGGGUCAGACGAUUCAGCCAUGCUGAAAGACCCCAGAGUGUACGCUUUGGCUGACAUGUUCUUCCUGAAAGAUCUAAAAGUGCUUGCUCUGACCAAAAUGAAGCACCGACUAAAGGUUGGCUGGCAAAGCAAGAGCUUCCCGAUCUGUGUCGAAGAAAUCUAUGCCAUUACUAGAAGCUCCUGCUCCAUGCGCUUAGCCGUCGCUCAGAUCGCAGCUGAACACGGCAAAGACUUACAAAAAGAAGAAGCGUUCUUGGGCCUCUUACAUAAAGGCGGGGAUUUUGUAGUUGAUUUCUAUAAAGCACUUCGGAUCUGGUAA